GGGGUGGGAUUGCCAGUUCCGUCCCCGGCCUUUCUUUACCCCCCAGCAUAUGCUGGGUACUCAUUUUACCGACCUCGGAUGGAUGGAAGGCUGAGUAGACCUUGACCCCUUUUUACUGGAGAUUCAACUUCCUCCUUCCAUUGGAAUCGAACUCCAGCCAUGAGCAGAGCUUCGGCUGCGUUACCACCACUUACCACUCUGCACCACAGAGAUUUAAAAGAGAUUCAAGAGAUUUAAAAGAGAUUCAAAUUUCACAGAGAAACAGCCCAUGAAACGCCAGAAAUCUGGAAAGAAGGUACCAAAAAGUUCAAUGCUCUCAGUAUUGAGAAUAAGGCAUGACACCCAAAAAAAUGUUUUGUUACUGACGGAGGAGGAAGAUGUAGUGAAGUUUGAUUUAGAUGGAAUAUCUGUCUGUAGAUCCCAGCAAGAGGAAGGUACUGGUUUGAAUACUUGGGUUGAUUACUUCAGGAAAGACCAAAAUGAUGGCCUUCAUCUAGUUACUUUUACCCAAGAGUCACAAGACAAAUUGCUGGUGCUGACCAAACACCAUGACCCAGAGAAGUUAACGCUACUUCCAUAUGAUAUAUCAGAUUGCCAGGAGAAAAAUGGCAACAAGUUUGAUAUCACCAAGCUCUGUGAAGAUAAUCUAAAACGUCAUCUUUUCCUCAUGGAUUCUGACAGAUAUGAAGAAUCAGUCCAAUUUAAGCUGCUUGAAGAUGAAGAGAAGCGCUAUAUUCAUGCUGGGCAGACACUGUUUCUAGCCUACAAAAAUGUAGAUAAAUCAGAUGGAUCAAUAUACCGCUUUGUGAUGAGACAUAAGAAACAGCACACCCAAGAGCUUGCAGUGCUUUAAGAUGCAAGUGUAGCAGAAGGGCCUAGGCGCAGGGGGGGGGUCAUAGCUCAGUGCCAGAGCAUCUGCUUUGCAUGCAGAUGGUUCCAGCUUAAGUCCCUGAAUCUCUAGGUAGGGCUCGCUGAAACCCUGAAGAGUUGCUGCUAGUUGGUGUAGAUCAAGUAUGGGGAACCUUUGGCUCUCCAGAUGUUGCUGAACCACAACUCGCAUAAUCCCUGGCUAUUGGCCAUACUUACUGGGGCUGAUAGUAGUUCAGCAGCAUCUGGAGGGCCACAGGUUCCCCAUACCUGGUGUAGAUGAUACUGAGUUAGAUUAAGGCAGCUUCACAUGUUGAAAUUAGAGACAAUGAGUUCCUAUACUUAAUUUAAUUUAGCACUGCGGCAAUGUAAAAAUAAUAUUGCAGUGUCACUGUAGGGAUUUCACAAGUACAGCAGGGCAGAACAAUGGGGCAAAAUCAAGGUGGUAGUGGUGUAUGUUUGAAUAAACUAUAUUUGGGGGCUGUGUAGUGGUGUUGGUCAUAUUUUCAUCCAUGUGUUUGAAAUGCAGCCUUUCACAGUUGCAAAAUGAAAUCCUCAGUCUGCAUUAGCCCUUUGCCAGCACAAACUCUGCCCACUGAUACUGCGUGCAGAUGCUGGGAUGGCUCACCAGCUCUUGCCCAGUUACAUCUAAGCAGCAAAGAUACUAAAACUCAUUAGUAGGGGGGUGCAAUGUCUGUGCUACCUAUUUGGCCAGUGCCAGAACCUUCAUCUCAUGUAAAUGGGCUCCCUGUAUUUGUCAUCUCCCUUAAUUGAAGGGCUCCAGGGCAGCUAAAAGAGAAUCUUGCUAGUAUGCAUUAGCAAUGGGUUCCAUUUCUGCAACAAUCAGAUUUGCUAUUGGAUUGAUUAUUUCUGACAUUCUCUAUCUUUGUAGAAAGAAUUUUGAAGUAGCAACUAUAUCGGGGUGGGGAACGCUCAGCCCCUGGGCCUAAUUUGGCUUGCCAGAGGUUCCAAUUGGCCCACAAGGCUGUUUCCCCCAAAUCAUCCCUUCAAGCCCCUGUGGUGCUUUGAAGUCCUGAUAAUCCUGGGGACUUCAACGUGCCUACCACCUGACCUCAUAGUGACAUCAGGUGCUUGACUGCCUACCUGUCAAAUUUGGCCUACCAGCCAGAUCCAGUCUCACACCCUGCUUUAUAUCAUGGAAUACACCGGCUGCAAUCCCCCACCUACAAAGCUCUAGUCUAAUUCCUGUGAUGCUGCCUCCAUUUGUCCUUAUGCACCAUGAUGCAGUAGAUAUCCUGUGUCUUGCCUUAAGACAUCUUUGCCAACUGGAUGCAGUCCAGAUGCUUCGGACUAUAACUCCUACCACCCCUAACAAUUAGUCAUGCUGGCUGGGGCUGAUGGGAGCUGUAGUUCAAAAUAUCAGGAGGGGAGACCUGGUUGGUGAAGGCUGCCUUAAGAGAAUCCAGCACCAACCCAAUCCCUCAAGAUGUUGCAUACAGUAUACUCACAGUUUAAUAUAAGAAGGUAAGAGCAAGCUACUGGAUAGAUUCUCUAAGGGUGAGGGGAAGGAGGCCCUUGGCUUCAAGUGAAUAGUUUGCUGCCAUUGCAGCACAUAAGGGAUAGCAGUGGUGGCCGAGUGUGGUGGAGGAUGCUGAGAUUAUACUAGGGUACCAUGGGAGCGGAGGCCAUUAUAUGCAAGAUACAUAAGUCAUAGUUGCAUUUUAUGUUUUGUUGUUCAAUUUACUAUCCACUUCUAGCUAUGGUUACUCAAAAGUCCCAUUGUUUUCAGUAUGUACAUCUAGGAUUGCAGUCUUGCUAUGGCUUUAAUCCUCAUGUACAGUUGUGUUCAUGACUUCCUGUAUUUUAAUAGCUCAAUGGAACUGUCCUGCAAUGAAGGCUCACAGGUGCACAUCUUCUGUUAAGAUGAAAUUCUGAAAUAUCCCACACUAUACUGCCUGUUUUUUGAACUGCAUAUACAUCCUAUGACUGAAAUAUAUAAGAAGUGAUGUAUUUGAUGUAUAAUGCCAAUUAUUGUAAUGUCAUUAUCUGAACUGUCAUUGCUUGCUGAUACCCUUAAAGAACUUAGAUCGAUAUAUCUUAUCCCUUUAGGAACAUCCAUGCUCAUUAAGAUCCUCUGAUUGGGCCUUACUCUGUUUUCUUUUGCUAUACAAGGUGAAACUGGUAACAGGAGCAGGGCCUUCAUUAUAAUUGUCCCAAGGCUUUGUAAAGACCUCCCUAAGGGGAUCAGGAAUAGCUCUUCCAUUAUGACCUUCUCAAAUGGCUGCAAGACUAACUUAUCCCUGGGUGGCAUUUGAAAGCUAAGUUUUUGAUUUAAUUUUUGUUGACUACUGAAUAUUUUUGUCUUGUUGAAUGUAAUUGCUUACUGAUAUUCUACCACCCACCUACCCCCUGUAAUCACACUGGGCAGUAGGAACUGAGUGGCAUUAAUUUUCCUGGUACUGCCUUUACAUGGCUUGUGAACAAAUUUGCAGGCACAUAGCACUUUUUUAUCCUAACUUGAGAAUAACUUUGGGUUGUAGUCAAUUAAUGAACCUAAGUUAGUUGUGUCUAUUAACUUCAGUAGAUCUACUCUGAAUAUCAUCUUUUAUGGGCACAUAGUUCUUAUAAUCCUGGACAGUUAUGUUUCUCCUUGAACAAAUCAGUGGGCACUUAACAGUGGGGUGUGUGCUCAAAUUACAUUUUGUUCAAUCAAAGAGGGGAGCACUAAAUGGGGAUGCAGAAGGCCCUGCUUUAUGUACUACCCCCUUUCUUCUCUGGUAGAGGUAGAUGAUUAUACAAGACAGGGCCUUCUCAGUACUGGUGCGUUAGGUGUGGAACUCCCUUGGGAGGGAGACUUGCCUGCCUGGUUUUCUCAUUGAUGAAUUUUAGGCAGCAGUUGAAAUCUCUCUCUCUCUCUCUCUCUCUCUCUCUCUCUCUCUCUCUGGUGGGGCCAUCUGGAAAGUGAAUAAGCAGUUGAUGCUCCUGCUUUUUAUAAGUUUUUGUUAUGUUGUUAUUCUAUGCUCUGAUUUUGCUUUUAUUUCGAUAUAAGCAGUGGUUACAGAUCUCUUGAUGGAAAGAUGGGUUCUACAUAUUUUAAAUAAAGAUAUGUUCAAGCAAA